AUGGAAAGUGAGAGUGAGAUGCUGAUCCCAUGUUUUGAUUUUCGCAAAGCAUUAGAAGAAGGGAGUGAGGAGUGGAAAACAAUGAGCAAGAACGUGAGAGAAGCGUGUGAGAAUCAUGGUUGCUUUCUCUUCAUGUUUGAUGAGAUCCCAAAGGGUCUACGUGAACAAAUGUUCAUGGGAAUGAGAGCAUUGUUUGAUCUACCCGAAGAAACCAAGAAAAAGCACACGAGUCCAAAACCUUAUAGGAGCUACAAUGGCAAGAACCCCAUCAUUCCUCUUUGUGAAAGCUUUGGUAUUGAUGAUGCUCCUCUACCAGCUAUGGCUGAAGCCUUCACUAACCUCAUGUGGCCUCAAGGAAACCCAUCUUUCAGCGAGACACUGAAGUCUAUGAGCUCAAAGAUGCUAGAACUAAGCUUCCUCAUCCUGAAAAUGAUUGUGGAGGGUUAUGGCCUUCCCCGGCAUUACAAUUUGGAUGUUGGAAACAUGAAGGGCUCUAGUGAUUCACGGUUGAUCAAGUACCAAGUUCCUAAAAGCAACAAUGACUCCAAGAAUGCCCUGUUGCCUCACACUGACAAAAGUGCUUUAACCAUUCUAUUCCAAAAUGACGUCCAGGGUUUGCAAGUGCUAUCCAAAACAGGCAAAUGGGUUGGAUUAGAGGUACCCCAAGAUGGCUUUGUGGUCAUUAUUGGUGAUAUACUUAAGGCAUGGAGCAAUGGGAGGCUUCAUGCAGCCACACACAGAGUGGUGAUGAGUGGAGAGAAAGAGAGGUACUCGUUUGGGUUUUUUGCAAUGCCAAAGGAAGAGGUGAAUAUUGAGGUGCCCAUUGAGUUGGUAGACGACAAAACUCAUCCUCUCCGUUAUCGUCCAUUUAAUUAUGGAGAGUACUUCCAUUACUUUGUUUCAACUCUCAAAGAAAACGCACUUGAAGUGUUUGCUGGGCUUUGA